AUGGGUUCUUUCACGCCAACGUCGUCCUUUUCACAUCUCGACCCCAUUCCUCUAGACGCCAUCUAUUCCCUCAAGGAGACCUUCGCGGCAGACAGCAAUGAGAACAAGAUCAUCCUAGGCUCUGGCGUCUACCGAGAUGAUGCAUCGCAGCCGUGGGUCUUGCCGUCGGUGCAAAAGGCCGAGGAGAUCGUUAACAACCUCCAAGAUCCUGGCCGGUAUGAAUAUCUACCUAUUCCGGGUUACGCACCAUUCUACACUGCUGCCCGGGAUCUCCUUUUCGGAGGCCUGGAAGGCAAAGCGGACCGGGUUGUCUCGGUGCACACCAUUGCAGGAACAGGCGCCAACAGUCUGGGAGCUCGAUUUCUCAAAGAGGCAACCAAUCCGUCGGCUGUGUGGGUGCCUGAUCCGACAUGGGUCAAUCACCGCAACAUUUGGAGCCUCGCUGGUGUCGAGGUGAAAACGUACCCGUACUGGAACCCUACCAAGAAAGCGUUGGAUUUCGAAAGGCUACUUGAAGUUCUCGAGAGCGAGGCCAACAAGGGUGAUGUGAUCAUCUUGCAUGCCUGCGCUCACAACCCGACCGGCAUGGACCCCACGAGGGAGCAGUGGACCGCGAUCGCGACCUUGUGCGAGACAAAAGGCCUGUUUCCAUUCUUCGACUGCGCCUACCUCGGGUUUGCCAGUGGCGACGUCGACAAAGACGCAUGGGCCGUGAGACACUUCGCAUCCCGAGGGACCAUGGAACUUGCCGUGGCCCAGUCUUUCUCCAAGAAUAUGGGCCUCUACGGCGAGCGGGUUGGUGCCCUCCAUGUGCUGGCCGCCACGGCCGACGCCGCCUCCAAGCUAAAAGGCCAUCUGGCCCGCCUACAGCGCGGCCAUAUCUCGCAGCCUCCCAGAAGGGGAGCCAGGAUCGCCGCAACGAUCCUCACCUCCCCGAGCUUAUACCAAGAGUGGCUGUCUGAUCUCAGGGAUAUGAGUGGCCGCAUUCAGGAUAUGCGUCGCGCGCUCUACGAUCAACUGCUGUCUCUGGGAACUCCUGGCAGCUGGGAACACAUUCGUUCGCAGAUCGGCAUGUUUUCUUAUACCGGCCUCACUCCGGAGCAAGUGGCAACCAUCCAGGCCGACAGCCAUGUCUACAUGCUGAAAUCUGGACGCAUCAACAUCGCGGGGCUGACCACCAAGAACGUCGAGUACACGGCACGCGCCAUAGAUGCUGCAGUCAGGCGGUCGCCAAGAUAG